AUGAAAGACCAAGAUAUCGUCGGACAAGCAUUGGCUUCAGUCCUCCCCCAGCACUGUCAAUUCUGGUUUCGCAUUCCUCAUCUCCUCCAGCUGAAUCUCAUCCUCUUCAUUCCCCUCCUUUCUUCCGCCGUAGCAGGAUACGAUGGCUCCCUAAUGAACGCCCUCCAAUCCAUCCCAGAAUGGAAAUCCUACUUCAACAAUCCCACCGGCCAAGUCCUCGGCGUCGUCAACGCAGCCCAGUCCAUCGGCAGCGUCAUCUCUCUCCCUGCCAUCGGUCUUCUCUCCGACCGAAUCGGGCGACGAUGGACGCUCUUUUCCGGCGCUGUAACUAUCAUCAUUGCGUCGAUUAUCCAAGCUGCGGCGGUCAAUUAUGGGAUGUUUGUCUUUUCGCGGGUCCUGGUUGGUAUAGGCUCGAUGCUGGUCGUGCAGCCUUCGCCUAUGUUGAUUACCGAAUUGGCGUUUCCCACGCAUAGGGGGAAGUAUACCAGCGCCUUCUGGACAAUGUACUAUCUAGGCGCCAUCGUCGCCUCAUGGACAACAUACGGGACGCAGAAACAACUCUCCUCGGACUGGACCUGGCGCGUUCCAUCCAUCGUGCAGGCCGGAUUCCCAAUCGUCCAAAUUCUCUUCUUUUGGGCUGUUCCUGAAUCUCCGCGCUGGCUAAUCGCAAACAACCGCCCAACCGAAGCAAAACACCUACUCGCAAAAUACCACACGGCAGGCGAUGAAUCACAUCCGUUGAUCAGGUUUGAAAUGGACGAGAUCACACGCACAAUCAGCAUAGAGCAGUAUGCAGCGCAGGAAACGAAAUGGUCGAGUUUGGUUUCUACGCCGGGGAAUCGAAAACGCACGUUUAUUGCGGUUUGUGUGGGUUGUUUUGCGCAGUGGAAUGGCGUUGCUGUUGUAUCCUACUAUCUCACUCUCGUCCUCGACACAGUCGGCAUACGCGAUGCAGACACACAAACCCUCAUCAACGGCCUCUUGCAAAUUUUCAACCUCAUCGCAGCAGGCAGUGCCGCAAUGCUGGUCGACCGACUCGGCAGACGCACUCUCUUCCUCUGGUCCGCAAUCGGCAUGCUCAUCUCCUUUAUCAUCUGGACAACCUGUUCUGCCCUCUUCGACAGCACCCAGGCAUCCCCACUAGGAAGAACAGUCAUCGCCUUUGUCUUUGUCUUCUACUUCCACUACGACAUUGCAUACUGUCCACUCCUUCUAGCCUAUCCGACUGAGAUCUUUCCCUAUAGUAUCCGCAGUAAAGGGCUAACGGUUGAAUUAAUGGGCGUGUACGGUUCGUUGAUUGUGCUGGCGUUUGUGAAUCCGAUUGCGCUGGGGCGGAUUGGAUGGAAGUAUUAUAUUUUCUUUUGCUGUUUUGAUGUGCUUGUUUUGGGGGUGACGUGGUUCAUGUUUCCCGAGACGAAGGGGUAUUCAUUGGAAGAUAUUAAGGUGGUUUUUGAUGGCAAGCGACAUGAAGAGGAAGACGGAAAAGAUGGAGUUAGUGCUGAACAUGUCGAGUAGAUUGUAUAUGCAGUUGAAGAUGGCUAUUCAUACAAUUUGAAACCGGCUGCUGCCACAGAAUUUCAUGUACGCCUUGGUGACAUUCUCCAAGUUCAACCCUGAUUCACCCCAUCCUUGGAACCAAUCACGAUUCUGCACGUCGCAAACGGUCCCAGAGAUGUGUGGUUCGUC